UUUUAUAGCUUGUUGAUUUGGAAGGAACGUGGAGUUUUUCGGGAAAAGUAGUAGAGUGACAAGUGGCCCAAUCCGAAAAUGACUAGAGUAAUAUGAAUUAUACUGUAGUGUAGCUUACAUUCUGAUCUUAGUUCAUUUGAAAUGUGUUUUAUAUACUGCUUUUGUUUAAUAUAAAUAAAUAUCCUAAGCGAAAAAAAAAAAAAUCAGUUAAACUGUGAAAUUUAAAUAUGGUUAUCUAUGUUAAUUUUCUCCCACUUUGACUCGUUCGAUUAACACUGACUGAGUGACAUUGAUAAAUCAUUAAUGAACAUCUAGCAGUUUGAAAAAUGCAAGAAUUUCAAUUCCAUAUUUUCAUAGCCAAGCACUGGAUUUUAGUUUUUACUUCAUGCCUUCUGGGUAAAACAGGAGCUGGCAGUUUUUUUACAGAACUUGACGACAAUAUUUUGUUCCGAAUCAAUUGGCCUGGUGAACUCCGUGACUCCAAAUAUUCAUCUGGCUUUGAACCCACACCAAAACAGCCUGAGCAAGAACAAAAAGAUAGAGAAGGAACUAGCUCCUUGUGGAUGACAACAGUAGACAAUGAGAAAUACAAGUGUAUUAUUCCAUCCUUGAUAAAUUUGAAUGAGAAAGAUGGAUACAAUUAUGAUGAUAUCUCUCCUUACCAGCUUCUGAAACCAUUGUUCAACCAAGUGACUUGUUCAUACAGGCUGGAACAGUACUGGACCUAUGAACUUUGCCACGGACGUUUUCUUAGGCAAUAUCAUGAAGAAAAUGCAUUAAGUAAGAAACACGUUCAGGAAUAUUUCUUGGGAAAAUACGAUACCAAGCAGUUUGAAAAAGAUGAAGUCAGAUACAAAGAAAUGUCACAAAGGUGGAAACGAGGUGAGAAAAAAAAAAUCACAGAAAUCAAGCAUGAAAAUCUUAAACUACCUUUUGUGGAGGUCAAUAUGACAGGGGGGAGUAUUUGCGACUUAAAUGGUGAGCAUCGGAUGUCUAGGAUUCGUUACGUUUGUAACGAAGAUGGAAAACAUGAGAUCUUAUCCCUGAAGGAGACAUCCACGUGCCAGUAUGAAGUUGUUGUCUUGUCACCAAAUCUUUGUCCUCAUCCUGACUACAGAGUAAAAUACACACCUGAAACAGAUAUUCUUUGUCAUGCCUUUGAUGGGUCUCCUAGAAAGCCUCGGCGUCUGCAAGCCCUGGAACACGAAGCUCGACAGUACAGAUUGAAGCCACCAGAGCAACCAACAUGGGAAGGUGGUACCCCUGAUCCCUCCCCACCCAUCACUAAACCAGGGACUACCAACAUCCCUCCUCAUGAUUCAAAGCUGAUUCAAGAUUUCCUAAAUGGAGAUUAUUGCUUAUAUGGGGGUAGUGGUUGGUGGAAGUAUGAAUUUUGUUAUGGAAAGAAGGUGGAACAGUAUCAUGAAGAAAAAUCUGGUAGUCGAACUACCAUUCUUCUGGGCCAAUGGAACUCCAAGAAUCACUUAGCAUGGAUCAGGGCAAACCCUCAGAAACGUCCAAAACAGGGAAAAGUGCACAGACAUGUGUCACAACUCUAUAGUGGAGGAGCCAUUUGUGAAGAAACUGGAAAGCCUCGUCAAGUGGAAGUAAAGCUCAAAUGUAAAGACAUAAAGGGACAUCCAGAUUCAGUCUCUCUCUACCUACUGGAACCUAAAACUUGUGAAUAUAUCCUUGGGGUGGAAUCCCCAAUAAUUUGUUCUUUACUGCAGAGAACAGAUGAAAAUGGCCUUAUACAUGAAUAUCUAUCCUGAAUAGUAUACUCUUAAAUGGAUGACAAUGUACAAGAAGUUACAAAAGUACCAGAAAAAUGAUUUUUUUUGUAAUGAAACAGUCCUCAUUAUAAUGUGCCUAUGUUGGUCUACUUCAGCUGUUGUAGGGUGUCUUAAUGGACCAGCAUUUUAGUUUGGUAGGAACUACAAAAGAUAGAUUAAAAUUAACAAGUAUUUAAUUUAUAUUUUAUCCAAUUGAAGGUGUAAAAGCCAUUUAACAACUAUUACUUUAUUUUUUAAUAGAAAUAAUAUUUUUGUUUAGUAUUCCAUUGUUAAAUGUAUGGCAAGAGAAAGAAUAUUUUUAAAUACAGUUGCAAAUUAUAGUAACUAAAUUGUUGAGUUAGCCAAGUUGUACAUUUUUGAUUUAAUUAUAUAACUGGACAGUUACCCUACAAAGAAGGUACUUAACAGGAAACAAUCUUGUUAGUAAACAUUCCUUGAGGAUUAGUAUAUUUCAUUCUGACCAACUGAGACCUGAAUAAGGUAGUGUAUUUUCAAAGUUUUUAUUUGGGUUUCUUCCUGGUACAUUGUAUUCGUAUGAUUUCCAGAGCUGUAUCUAAUCAGUAGAAAAAAAAAAAAGACUGAAAAUAAAGUGUGGUUCCUUUUGUUACUGUAA